AUGUUUGGCGUGUCCAAGACCAAGUCGACGUGGCAUGUGGUCAACCGAGAGACGACGUCAGCCUUAUCGAAUACUCGCGACAGUGACGAUUAUAUCAAGACGAAAAACAGUUCGCUCGGACUGAUGUUACUGCGCAUGGACGCCGACUUUCAUCACGGUUGA